GGGAAGCGUGAGCUCUGUUUUUAAGAAGUGUUCGGCUUUUUUCCGCUUUUUAGCUUUAUUUUCAAUUUUUUUCCAGUCAAAAACAGCUUUUUUUUAAUCAAAAAGCGGCAGCAGUGGUGUCAUUGAAUCUGAGCUGUUUAGAAUUUUUAUAUUUCAGAAAAAACUGCUAAGAAAGGAAUUUCGUUUGACGACUAUGGAUAAUUGCGAUGAAUCGGACAUGGUUUGCUGCCCGUACAACAAGCAGCACAAAAUGCUGCGCAGGAAACUCCAGCAGCACAUUCUGAAAUGUCGUGUGAUCUACAAAGACACUGUGGAACUGAUGGUUUGUCCAUUCAACAAGGGUCAUUUGAUACCAGAACCCGAGUUCUUCCAACACACAAAAACGUGUGACGAUCGAAAGAUUAUAGUGCAGUAUCAGACGAGUGCAGCAGCUGUUUUGACUGAUGACACUAGACACCCGAAGAUCGAGUCCGAAGAAAACUGGGACGACGAUAAUGUUCCCGAUUAUAAUCCGCAGGCCUAUUGCGCCACGGCCAACAUUGUGAGGGAGCCUAAUGGAUUGUUUCCCUCACAGCGAAAGGCAUUUAUCAAGGAGGAGAACCGUCGCAAAUUCGGUGAUGAUUACGAGGAAGAGAAAAAGCCACCAAAAUCCCGUGCGGAAUGUCGCACCGCUCCCUACGACAGAACAAAGAAGCACUUCCGGCGCAACUAACCGAAGUUAGCCAAUUCCACAAAAAAAGGAUUUAAAGUAUCUAAUGAAGGAUAAGUCCUCAUAGAGCGGAUCGCAGAAUUUCCUAUUCAACAGGUGCUAUUUAGAAGCAACAAUUCAUAUGCAUAUCAGACAGAUUAAUAGACUUUAUCUUUCCUUUCCACGGGUAAAACAUUUAUUGUAUUUAAUUUUCGAUGUAAAAAAAAAAAACUACAAUCAAAAGAACCGUAAAGGGUUUAAAAUGAAGCAAAAGUUUUUAAUUUCCA